UUUGGCUGGCGACCAGGGGUGACAGAGUAUUUAGUAACGCCUGACUGAGCCUUGCAGCGCCUGAGUGAUUUUUCAAAAGUCAUAGACACGAGCGUUCACUCAUCUGCUAGAAUGUCCCAUAGUAAACAAGGUCAUGGUGGAGUAAACCAACUUGGAGGUGUUUUUGUCAACGGUAGGCCGCUUCCCGAUGGAGUUCGCCAGAGGAUUGUGGASCUGGCCCAGAGCGGAGUUCGUCCAUGUGAUAUUUCCCGCCAAUUACRGGUUUCCCAUGGCUGCGUUAGUAAGAUACUUUGCCGUUUUUACGAGACGGGAUCAAUUAAGCCUGGUGUUAUUGGAGGAAGUAAACCAAAAGUUGCAACCCCAGGCGUAGUGAACAAGAUAGCAGAAUACAAAAUGUCAAACCCGACUAUGUUCGCAUGGGAGAUUCGAGAUAGACUUCUCAGUGAAAAUGUUUGCAGUYCCGACAAUGUUCCUAGCGUYAGCUCCAUAAAUAGGAUCGUCAGGAACCGCAUAAAUAGCCCAGACAAAAAUAACAACCCMAAAUCCUCAUCCAACGACAACUCGCAGCUCGAUAUGGCUUCGAAAAGCGAGCGUGAAUACCAASAGGUAAUGAACGUACCGCGAUCAUCUUACUCGAUCAGUGGGCUUUUGGGGAUUCCGAUGCAGCACAGCCAGUUAACUUCACCAAGUAAACGCAAACAUUCUGUGGAAAGCAACGACAGUACAGGAAGCCACUCAGAUGAUGAAGGCCACCAUGAUCCCAACUCCCCAGCACACCUGAAGAACAAGAUGAGUCGGCGCCAACGUACAACAUUUACUGAUGACCAAAUUGAUAAAUUAGAAAGAGUCUUUGAAAAGACCCACUAUCCAGACGUCUUCACACGAGAAGAAUUGGCACAGCAAGUCAAUCUCUCUGAGGUAUGGUAUUCCAAUCGUCGUGCAAAGUGGAGAAAAGAUGGUAAAGGUGGCCCAGGAAGCCCUGCUUCAUCACCAUCCAAUCAACAAAUGCAGACRUCAUACAUAUCUAUGCCAAAUGGUUAUCAACAGAUGCAUACUGUGAUCAGUCCUGGAACCGGUCAUCCACAGUUAACACCUGUUGAAGCUGAUCAUACUCAAGUCCACUAUCCACCAUCUAAUGAGAGUGUUCAAAUAAAGAAGGAGCUGACAGAACUGAAGCCAGUUUCAGAGAAUAACCUUGGAAUGCAUCCAACUAUUGGUGUCUCUACCAUCCAAGUAGGACAAGGUCAACUACCUCAAUAUGAAGUCAUGAAAUCAUUACCUCCCAUGAGUGCUCCAAGCCCAACAUAUAUUGCUGUACCAUCAUCUACAGCAUCCAUGCAAUUACACAGUUCUCAAAUGUACAACCAGUACAAUGGGCAGAACUAUAGCACAUACACUACUUCAACUACUAGACAAAGCAUUCCCACUCAAUCACUCUCGGGAAAUCCAGCCUCAAGYCAAGCUAUGUCACCUCCUGCAGCAAACACAGCUCCUGGUGGCUAUGUCCUUCCUCCUGUCAGUACCCUWACCAAAGGACAUGUUUUUGAAAACCAAGGCCAAUACCAAACAGCACAGUAUGCUCAGAUUCCUCCUGGUGCUUAUCCUUCUGAUCAAUGGAUACAGGCUUAUCCUGGACAAGGCUUUAUUGGAAGACCAACAGUAUUYGCUGUUCCUGCACAAUGGGCUGCACCACCACAAUCAAGAGUGGAUAAUUCAAAAAUGACAUCACAAGCUUGAUAUUGAUAUCUGAAAAUGUUGGUUAAUAAUGAACCAGCAYUCAAUGCCAUGGAAUCCAAUCACUWCAUUAACAAUCAACAUGGGUUAGACAAUGCAGAUGAUCUUCGUAUUGGUUAAAGCUUGUGAUCAGUUUUCAUGCUUUAUCAGUUAAGGUGGCUUUCAUUUAUGAGGGUUAAAUAAAUCGAGGGGACGAGAAGUCAGAUUUUGUGUAAAUUUUAAUUGCUUCAAAAUAAGGAACUCCUGCACAUAUAUUUGGUUGUACAAAUUCUCAUAGGUUGAAAAGCCCUAUGACUAGAUUUCAUUCUGACUUUAAAUGAACUUGUGCUUGACAAGCUGCUAUYGAAACAACAUUUAUGGAUUUUGAAAUUCCAACUUAAUGGGACAAAUUUCUAAGAAUUUGAUACCCGAAUAAUAAAUACGCCCAAACUCUAAUCUGAAAAGAAAGUUAUGGAAGAUUUGAUGUUAUCAAUAUUAUUUUUUCAAAUAUCAAUUUUUCUCAGAGUUCAGGCAACUUUUUUAAAAAAAAGUUUGCAAUAUGCUGCCCAAAAGAGAAUCCCUGGCACAAGAAGAAAGCAUUUAAUAACUAUGUUUUGUUUUUUUGAUAGCAACAAUGUUCAUCUGAAUUUUUUGAAAAGCUGUUUUUUAUGUCCUUUUUAAAUAAAUAGUAUAUUUUGAUAGGACUUGAAUGAGAUAAGUACAUCAAUAGCCAUAAAUACAAUCAAAAUGUAUAUAUUUUAUACUACAAUCAAUUCAUAUUAAUGCUUCAGAAUAGCAUAUUUAGCAGCAGCAAGUAGCUAGAGUAUAAAAAUGUAAAUCCACAUCCGUAGUUGCACUGGGUGUUAAUUAGCAUGAAGAAAAUCACACUUGUGUGUGCGCACUGUAACUUUUUAAAAAGUAAUUGAUAAUUUGCUGCUUCAAGAUUUUACAUGGCUCACAAAAAUAAUAAUUAUCUCKUACACUAAAAMAYUKUUUYGAGGGCCAUGAAUAUCRUACAUUGAAACACAAUAUAUUUAGUAGCUUUAAGAUAAUUAGCUAGAAUAAGAGUGAUUGCAAUAUGCUUAUCACAGGCAGAUUACUAGAAUUAUGCACAUGGAACAUUAAUUUGUAUUAUUCAGAAUAUGCAUGAGUGCAUACCAUAAAUCCUUGAAAAAGUAACAAAGUUGUACAAAUAAGUGCAAAGUUGUGUAGGUCUAUGGUCUACUAAACUUACUAAUUUGUGCAAUUUCUUACAAAGUUUUUCACAGAUAUAUGGUAUGCACUCCAUUAACAUGUCUGACAGUAAUUAAGCAUUGCCAUACCCCCUAGUCAAUCUCACUUUUUCAUUAGGAACAAGUUUUUAUGCAAAAGAAAUGAAUGCAUGCAUUCGAAGAUGAUGUCAUUCAAUAAAUCUUCAAUAUAUCCAAAAUAAUAUUAGUUGGAGUAAAAAAUCAAAUUGGGAAACCUGGAUUGCUUGAAAAUGAUUGCACUAGUCUGUGCAUAUUGCUUAUUUAUGCUGUGUGUAAUUUGUUUCAAUAUUCAAUCUCUUAAUAGAGCCAUAUGCACGACUCAUAAUUUCAAAAUUGAUAAAAAAAUUCUAUUUUGACAAAACCCUCAGCUCAACCACUGUGUUUUCCUACUUCACAUUGUGUCCUGAGAAUGAUUUCUUUUUCUUUUGGUGAAACUUGGGGUUUCCCCCAAGAAACAGACAUAGUCUGAGAUGGGAAAACACCAUGCCUAAGCUGAAAGUCUAUUUUGUAAUAAUGUACUACCGGUAUGUCAUAUUCUAGUAGAAGGAAUCAAUUUUGGACAUUCGGAUACGAUAACAAUUAUGAUUAUUACUACUAAUUUGGGACUUUAUCCACUUUGUAUGCUAUGCAGUUAAUACUGUAUUUUUCUUUCAAAUGCAUUUGUUUUUGUGUGAUGGAGGCAUUUUUUAUUGCCUAAAGAAUUAAUUCAUGGUCUACAUAUUUUUAUACAAUCUGCAGGAGUAUUAAYCUAAAAUUUGGAGUAUGGAAACAUUAUUUAAGGAUAGCCACUAUAMAGUUGUAUGUAAUUUUGAUAAUGGCAAUUGAUAGAUGUUUAUUUUUGUACUCAGACAUGUAUUUUGUAAUUUGUUGUAAAACAAAGAUACGAUUCAUUUAAA